UCCGGUGCUGCGCCAUCUCGUUCGGUUAGCUCGGCGGCUAGAAGACAGCUAGCUCGCUGGCGGACGACCUAUAAGUUACAGUUUCACAGAUUUUACCGAAAGCAAGACAUUUUACUCGUACAGGUCGUGGUGAGUAUUUUGUUCCCAGACAUUUUUUUUUAUUUUUCCUUCCUUUUUCUUUUGUUUUUGGACGUUUUUUUUGUUUUUUUUUACCUCCACGAUGUUUUUUUUGCUGGCUAACGAGGGGAGCUAGCUUUAAGCUAACUCGGAGACUCUCCUCCUCUUCCUCAAAAAAAAACAAAAAGAAAAAAAAGUGUGGUUGUUUUUAUAUACACGACGCUUUGGAUGCAUCUUAGCUACAGUUUCAUCCCCCCUUUUUCCUCUCUCGAGUGUGUACCUGUGGUUUGUUGUGAAGACUUCUCCUUGUUUUUAUUUUUUGGGGGGGCUAGUUAGCUUAGCAGCGUCAGAGGCUUCUUCUUUUUGGGGUUUUAAAUCGAUGCAGAAUUCUCCCUGAUCGAUUACUGCACACUAUCCGACUACAAGUUGAUCGGCAUUUUUGCAGGGUGUUUUCUUUUUGCAAGCAGAGGAGAACUGGUCUGAUUUGCUGGGGUACUUUUUGUGCCUUUUUACUUGGUGGUAGCCGGCUAGCUCAGGGCCUGUGUUUCUCUCUAAUCGCCUGAUGGUGGCGCUGUCGGUGUGUUGUGGAUGGUUUAGUAUAAAUCGCGAGGGGCGAAGGUGAAGGUCGAGACACCAGCCCAAACUGAUCCCAGCCCACAGUGUCAAACAUCAGACAGACGACAGCCCUGCACACAGACGCUAUGGAUCGUUCACCCACAACCUCUGCCCUCAUGGCCGCCAGCAACGUCACGAACAGGACCGACCCCCGCUCCCUCAACUCUCGGGUCUUCAUCGGCAACCUCAACACCCUGCUGGUCACCAAGGGGGACGUCGAGGCCAUCUUCUCCAAAUACGGCAAGAUCGUGGGCUGCUCCGUCCACAAGGGCUACGCCUUCGUUCAGUUCGCCAAUGAGAGGAACGCCCGAGCUGCUGUCAACGGGGAGGACGGGAGGAUGAUUGUUGGACAAGUACUUGACAUCAACCUGGCUGGAGAACCCAAACCUCACCGGUCAAAAACCACCAAACGCUCAGCUGGAGACAUGUACAGCAGUUCCUCCUUUGAACUCGACUACGACUUUCAGAGAGACUAUUACGACAGAAUGUACUCGUACCCGUCCCGCGUUCCCGCUCCCCCUCCCCCCUUGUCGCGGGCCGUGAUCCCGUCUAAGCGCCCGCGGGUCAGCCUGAGUGGAGGAAGCAGCCGGCGAACCAAGAGCAGCUUCUCCUCUUCCUCCAAGAGCAGUCAGCGGACCUCCUCGUCCAGAACAACAGUGAAAGUGGACGAGCUGCAGACCAUCAAGCGGGAGUUGACCCAAAUCAAAAGCAAAGUGGACGACCUGCUGGAGAGCCUUGAGCGCAUGGAGAAGGACCACAGCAAGAAGUCAGAAGCUAAGAGUAUGAAAACGGAGCCAGGAGAAGUGACUUCACCGCCGCACCCAAGCAACAAGAAGGAUGAUGGGAUGAAGAGAGACCGGGAGAGCCAGGAGCUGAACGACUCAGAUGAGGAUGAUGAGGAUGAGGAAGAGGAGGGAGACCUGCUGGAGGAGGAAGAGGUCAAGAGUCAAGAGAGGGAGGAUGAAGAAGACGACGAAGAAGAGGAAGGCGAGCACGUGGAAGGUGACGACGACGACGACGGCGACAGUGUCAACGGCGAAGAGGACUCGUAGACACGGACCACACCGGCGCAUGCGGCGUACACACGCAGCUUCCAGUAGGAACUCGGACUCCUGUUUUAACACUCAUCUUGUAGAUACAAAGCAAACAGUGCACACACACACAAGCAUGGUGCACACACACACACACACACACACUGUUCCAUUUCCCCCAAAAGCUGUUUAUUUUUUCUUUUGUUUAUUUUGGCCAGUUGUUCAGUAUCACUGUAACAGGAAUAACUAGCUGUAGGUUCCAGUUUGUGUUUUUACUGCGUCGUUACUGGUCUUCAGGAGAAGGCAGAAACAUGGACUGUUAAUGUUCUCAGAGACGACAGCUCGACGGACAUUGUCUUAACGCGAGGACGAAAAUUCAGCUACAAAAGACCGUUUUUAGAUUCAGUGUGUUUGUUUUUUUUCCUCAUCGGUGAGUUUGUUUGACCUUGUGUGUCUGUAUGUUAAUGUCAGGUUUUUUUUAUACUAUUCAGUUUAACUGUAAAGGAAUAAAUUGCAAUAAAAUAUUAAAAUGGAAAA